AUGGAGAUACUCGAAAACGCCAGUCUCGAAGACUAUUCCACUAUGCGGCUGGGAGGUCGUGCAGCUUACCUAACUAAAGUCGCCGACCGCGAACGGCUGAAAGAAGCGACUACUUGGGCAAAGCAACGCCAGUUACCAGUUAUCAUGAUUGGAUCGGGAAGCAACACUAUUUGGAAAGACUCAGGAUUCAACGGUUUGGUCAUAUGCAAUAGAAUAUUGUACUACCAGGAAGAACCAAUCGGGGGCGAUGCCAACAAAACCGUACUGGUCAAGGUCGGCGCCGGCGAGAAUUGGGACAAGGUCGUUGAACGCACCGUCUCUCGGGGUCUAUCUGGUAUUGAAUCACUUAGUUUAAUACCAGGCACAGCCGGCGCGACGCCUGUACAGAAUGUUGGAGCAUAUGGACAAGAGAUCCGAGACACGCUUGUCAGCGUCGAAGCGUAUGAUAAUGAGUCUGGGGAAAUUGUCAUCAUCAAUAAAGAGGAUUGUGGACUGAGUUACCGCACAAGUCGGUUCAAGACCGUAGAUCGAGGAAGAUUUUAUAUCACAAUGAUCACACUUCAGCUUCGGCGUGGGGAUCCUGUACAACCUUUUUACCCCGCAGUUCAAAAUUAUCUGGCAGACCAUGGCAUCGUGAAUUUUACCCCCCAAACGAUCAGGGACGCCGUUAUCGCCAUUCGUCAAGCCAAAUUGCCAGAUCCAGUGCUAGUUCCCAACUGUGGUUCUUUUUUCGCCAAUCCAAUCAUCGAGGAAACCGAAUAUACAAGAUUGCAGGUAGCUCACCCAAACCUUCCUAAUUGGCCUGUUGGGAACGGGAGAGUGAAGAUCCCUGCCGCAUGGCUUAUAGAAGAGGUUGGGCUCAAAGAUUUUCAUGAUAGAGAAAUGGGAGUAGCUACAUGGGCGAAUCAACCCUUAGUUUUCAUAAAUCGGGGAGCCAAGGCAUCCCAGCAGCUUCUUACUUUCAGGGAUAGAAUAAUGCAUGUAGUUAAUAUCAGAUUUGGUGUUUUAUUAGAACAGGAACCAGAGCUGCUUCCCUAG